AGAAAUGGCGAGUACUUCAUCUUCCUCCGAGGUUCUGAUUCAAACCCUAACUAACAGAGGCUGGUGUUUUCGAGAAAUCGAUCAAAUCAAGACGCUAAUCGAAACUAAGUUCUCUGGGGAUUAUAGCACCAUUGGUUCUAUCGAAUUGGAGCUCUGUAACAUGGACUUACGAGUAAUCGGAGGGAAAUGUUUACCUGAUGCUUCUACCCUCCGCAAAUCCACUCAUUUUCAUGGCCCUAAAGUUCUUCAGGUAUCUUCUGCGAAGGACAUAUGUAGAAGUAGUAUAGCUGAGAGUUCAGAGGGGUCUAGCAGUAAACGGCUAUUGAGAUUGAAGCUUACUGAUGGUCAUUCAGAUAUGACUGCUGUAGAGUUCACUCAUAUUCCCUCCAUUCCAGAUAAUGUUGUUCCAGGCACCAAGAUCCGCUUGGAAAAUAAUGUUGUAAUGCACAGCGGUAUUUUAUGCUUGAAUGCAAAGGUAGUAACUGUUCUUGGAGGUAUUGUUCCAGCGUUGUAUGAAGAGUGGGAGAUGAACCGUAAAUAUGCAGGGUUUACCCGUUCAACCUUAAAGUUGUCACAGAGUGAUGACACAGGUGGUCCACCACCUUUCGAGAAGUUUCAGGCAGGGGCACCUUCAAGACGGAUCAAUCAACAAAACAGAUUUUUUGACAACUCUAAGGCAACAUCGAAAGCUUCUGGACCUACUGUUUUCGAAAAGGGUACAAGGUCUGGUUCUUUGCAGACAACUGGAUCACGAGCUUCUGAUCUAAAACCCAAUAGCAGGGACGCUAAUGUGAAGUCGGGUUCUUUUACUGAAAAAACCGAAGAAAACCAACCUUCUCUUGAAGCAAGACCAAAAGAAGUAGCCGAGUCUGCUCCUGUGCAAAAUCAGGCUGCUGCACAAAAGCUUCUCCAAAAACUGAGUAUUUCUAACCGCAAUGAAGGGCAUUCUAGAGGUUGGAAACAAAGAGGGAGGGGUAAGGAGGAGGAUUCUGAUGUUUUAACUCUAGAGGAAUGGGAAAAGAAAAGAGCUAGCGGGAGCUCUUCAUCGAGACAAGAACCCCCAAAUGUUACUCGAGAUGAGGAUCUUGCACGCCAGCUUCAAAACCAAUUCGAUUUGGAAGACAUUCAUGAACAGAGGGGUCCUCAUGUGACAGAAGCAGAUGAUAUCAGAAUGAGCAUGUUUAGUUUUGAAAGAGAUGAUCCUGGAGCCCAUGGUAGGGGAGAAUUCAGGGGCAGGGGGAGGGGGCGAGGCAGGAGAAGGGGGAGGGGGCGCGGCAGAGUUGGAUAA